AAAAAAGGGAGAAAAUUGGUUCCUCUCUGUCAGUCCGUGCAUUGUGUGGCAAUCUACAGCUUGUCAGCCUUUUUCCCCCAAUCUCUUCUUCUCCUUCCUCCUCCUUCCUCUCUGUGUCUACUUCUUCUUCUUCUCCCUGGUCCUCGAUCUGGUUCAAAUUUUGGCUUUCUAUCCCUGAGAAACGGCGGCGUUUCUGACCAUCUUCCCAACUUCUCUCUGGUUUGCUCCUUCUCAAACUCUCUGUCCCCUCCCUGCAAGAUCACAGCUUUGAGCUCAAAUAAGCUUAAAUUUAUUGAUUGGGUCCUCUUUUAUUGGGGGAAAGAUAGAUUCUGUCUCAGAAAGUUUGCAGCUUUGCUUACCCUUUUUAUGCAAAUUUGGGUUUUCUAUGCUAAUUCAUCUAAUUCUUUGACUUGAGGAAGAACAGGCAGCAACAUGUGCUUUGGCUGGCAAGUAGCUAGUUUAUUUUUUGCAGAUUGACCAAAAAAGUUUUGUUCUUUGAUGCAGCAAACAGCAGCUGGAGAAGGAGUUGACCCUGCCCCCCUCCCUGCACUUCCUUCGAGCUCCUGGGAGUUUGAAGGCGAUCUAAUUUGAAUGGAGAUGGAGACUUGCCCUUCGAUUCCUCCAGCUUCAAAUUCUGCCUAUUUGCAGAAAUUCAGACUCUAUGAGACUCGAUCGCACUUUUAUAUGAUCGGAAGAGACAAAAGCAGAACCGUUUGGAAGGUGUUAAAGAUUGAUCGAUCAGACCAAUCUGAAUUAAAUAUCCUAGAAGAUUCGACUUCAUAUAGCGAAAGUGAAUGCUGUGACUUGCUGCGGAGAAUACAUGAAGGGAAUAAAGGGAUUGGUGGACUGAAGUUUGUAACUGUUUGCUAUGGAAUAGUCGGAUUCAUUAAAUUUUUGGGGCCUUAUUACAUGCUGCUGAUAACCGAAAGAAGGAAGAUUGGUACUAUUUGUGGCCAUUCAAUAUAUGCAAUCACCAGGAGCGAGAUGAUCCCAGUUCCUGUGCAGUCAAAUAUGACUAAUUCUAAGAAUGAGAACAGGUCUUUUGUCCAUUCUGCAUGAAAGCUCCAUUAUGAGACCAUGUUUGUCUGGAAUGAAUUCUUAACUCGAGGAAUCAGGAACAACCUCAAGAACUCUGCCUGGACGGUGGCACUAGUACACGGGUUCUUUAAGCAGGUCAAAUUAUCAGUUUCUGGAAGGGACUUUAAGCUGACUCUCAUUUCCAGACGGUCGAGGCAUUAUGCUGGAACAAGAUACUUGAAGCGUGGGGUAAAUGAGAAAGGAAGGGUUGCUAAUGAUGUCGAGACUGAACAAAUUGUAUUUGAAGAUUCUCCUGAAGGGCAUUCAGUCCAAAUAAGUUCUGUCGUCCAGAACCGGGGUUCAAUUCCACUUUUCUGGUCUCAGGAAACUUCAAGAUUGAAUAUCAAACCAGAUAUUAUACUAUCGAAGAAGGAUAAAGCCUAUGAGGCAACUAGGCUCCAUUUUGAAAAUCUUGCAAAGAGAUAUGGGAAUCCAAUAAUCAUUUUGAAUCUAAUAAAGACUCAUGAAACAAAACCCCGAGAGAGCAUACUCCGAGCAGAGUUUGCAAGUGCCAUCAGGUUUAUCAACAUGAGUUUACCUAAGGAGAAUCGCUUGAGGUUCCUUCACUGGGAUCUGAACAAACACUCUAGAAGAGGUACCAACGUAUUGUCACUUCUUGGAAGAGUUGCUUCAUAUGCUUUGAACUUGACCGGCAUCUUCUAUUGUGAAGUCUCAUCUAGUCCGGGGCAUGAGGGAUUACUAAAUAAUUUCUGCUCGAAGGAAAGCCCUACAAUUGAAUGUGACAAUUCGAGCGAGUCUGGCCCUGUAAUCAGUGACUUAAAUAACGAUGAUAGUAAAGAAAACAAGAUCAAAGGACCUACUCUUCAAAAGGGUGUCUUGAGGACCAACUGCAUAGACUGUUUGGAUCGUACCAAUGUUGCUCAGUAUGCUUAUGGUUUGGCGGCUCUCGGAAAGCAGCUGGAUGCACUAGGGUUUUUAGAAUUCCCUAGUAUCGAUCUGGAUAACCCAUUAGCAGAGAAUUUGAUGCGCCUGUAUGAAUUGAUGGGUGACACGCUUGCACGGCAGUAUGGCGGGUCCGCUGCACAUAAUAAGAUAUUUUCUGAGAGAAGAGGGCAGUGGAAAGCUGCAACUCAGUCCCAAGAGUUCUUCAGAACUCUGCAGAGAUACUACAGUAAUGCAUACGUCGAUGCUCAGAAACAAGAUGCCAUUAACGUAUUCCUGGGCUACUUUCAGCCACAGGAAGGAAAGCCGGCACUGUGGGAAUUGGACUCUGAUCACCAUUACAAUAUCGGAGGCCGUAAUCCCGAUUUGCUUAUUGAGAAUCCCAGGUCAUUAUUUAAAAGAUCAAUGUCUGAUGGAAAUCUAGUCUUUGAAAGUGAAAGUGACUCACUUGAAACGAAUACCAGAGUUGGACAAAAUUUGCUCUUGGCUGAUAAACAACGAGGCGUUGAGAAGGGUUUCUCAGACUCUACCCCCGAGAUCUCGACUGGUGAUAGUGACAUGUCUUUCUCCAGGUUCAAUCCAUCGAUGACUCCCAAGCAGCUCUUUGAAGAUAUAGGAGAAGACCAAUACGAAAGUAAUCCCAUUUGUUACGAUGAACAUGGAGAUACGUGUAGCUGUUCAAAUUUUCUCGAUCUGGAGUGGCUCUCUUCAUCAGGAAAUUCCUGCGAGGAAGAUCCAAGUGACAGAUCCAUUGCCGGUCUGUCCUCUGAGAAUCUCGUGAAUGAAGCCAGAACAGAGAUCUCUUCAGCUGCAAGUGACUCUGGCCCUAGCUUGCAGGGAAGUUAUCGCGCUGGUAGUAGUGAGCUCGGGUGCAAUGAGUUGGUCGGGUAUUCACAACGAUUUGUUCAGUGGGUAAACGAUGGCGUCACCAUGUUCCACUGAAAUGACAUUUCCAAUUUUGAUCCGAGCUUCCCCUCGAGUGAUAUUCCUCAUCCUAAGGAUGUGGAUUUGACGGACAGAAGAACACAGAAAAUAAGAGCAGGAGUCUGGUGGCUCUCAUACUAAAGCUGACAUCAUCGCGGCAAGCAUUCUCGUGCUGAUAACAGUGCUGUCGAGCAUUGGUUCGUCGGAGUUGCAAGGAAUGCUGGUUUGGAUAAAUGAGCUCCCCCAUGAUUCAUUUGGACAACGUCCCCCAGAAAACAAGAAAUCUGAAAGCAAAACCCCUUGUACAUAGUUGCUAGACCAUUAGAUAAUCCACCAAUAUAUAGCGCUUUCGAAAUGAAUCUGCAUAGCGACAAUUGAUGAUAGACUGAUUAAGGUUAUACUAUCUCGUCCAGAUGACUUCCGAGCUUCUGACUUACAUUUUUUAAUGGCUACUGGAGAACCUUAAGGUCCUUAACUAGAAGGGAAUUACUUGGUUUCCUCACUUUCCUGAAUAAGAUUGGUUCUUUAAUCACCAACCAUAACUAUAAGUCGCUUCACAAUGUAUAUUGUAUACUGAUUACUUGAAUUUUGGACGCACACCUCAUUUAGGUGUUCUAGAGCUGAAAAUACCAACUUGGGCGGGAGUAAGCC